CACGUUUGUUUCACCGGGGUCGUAUUAAACAACGGAACUAGCAACAUCUUGGUUCUAUUUAGGCUUGCAUCGAUAACUUUCAAAUUCUAAAUGAAAUCAGCUAAAAUCUUAAGUAUUUGUUGAGUUAUAAUCAUUGCAUGUACGCUGAAAAGGAAACCGGAAACUAAUUUUCAAAAAUUGAAGACGCAGAGAUUGCCGUUUUAGCAGCUCGUUCAUGCGUUUUGUUGGCAGCUGCAACAGUGUGGGUUGACAGUGAGGAGAUUUAUCUGCAUCAACUGAUCAGCUGCUUAGCUAUCUAGCGAUAGCUUCAUCCAGGAGAGAGAGAUGGAGUUACAGGCGGUGUUGAUGGCGGCUGGAGGAGGGUCUCGAAUGAUGGACCUGACUUACAGCAUGCCUAAACCUCUACUUCCGGUCGGGAACAAGCCUCUCAUCUGGUAUCCCAUCAACUUGCUGGAAAAAGUGGGCUUUGAAGAGGUCAUCGUCAUCACGACCAAGGAGGUCCAGAAGCUUCUGAACCUGGACACGAAGAUGAAGCUGGACGUGGUGUGCAUCCAGGACGAGGCCGACAUGGGCACAGCCGACGCCCUCAGGCACAUCCAGCAGAAGAUCAAGACGGACGUCCUGGUGGUGAGCUGUGACCUCAUCACGGACGCGGCGCUGCACGAGGUGGUGGACCUGUUCCGCGCCCACGACGCCGCGCUGUCCAUGCUGAUGAGCAAGACCCACGAGUUCACCGAGACCGUCCCGGGACAGAAGGGGAAGAAGAAGGGAGGGGAGCAGCGGGAUUUCGUGGGGGUGGACAGCUCGGGAAAGAGGCUCCUCUUCAUGGCCAACGAGGCGGACCUGGACGAAGACCUCGUCAUCAGGAAGUCCAUCAUGCGCAAGCACCCCAGGAUGCGGAUCAGAACCGGGCUGCUGGACGCGCACCUGUACUGCCUAAAGAAGUCCGUGAUCCACUUCCUGGCAGAGAACAAGUCCAUCUCUUCCAUUCGUGGUGAACUGGUUCCUUAUUUGGUCCGCAAACAGUUCUCGAAAUCUGUCAGCUCACAAAAGAACAAGGAGGAUUUGGAUCAGAACCAGAAGAAGGACACAAACACAAACACGGAGAUCCACAUCUCCUCCCCGGACGAGGAGCAGCUGCAGCUGGCGCGGGAGCGGUCCUGCUGGAACGAUCACCGCGGUGACAUGUGCGAGGCCUACCACGGCGGCAGGCUGCGCUGCUACGUCCACAUCAUGGAGGAGGGCAUGUGCUACCGCGUCAACACGUUGGCGGCCUACAUCGAGGCCAACCGCAUGGCCCCCAAGCUGUCGGAGGAGCCCCCGGUCCACCCGUCCGCAGUCAUCUACGAACGCAGUCUGGUUGGCGCUGACAGCAUAAUUGGACCCUCCUGUCAGAUUUCGGACAAGACGUCGAUCAAGCACUCGACGAUAGGGGCGUCCACGGUGGUCAAGGAGAAGGUCAAAAUCGCCAACUCCAUAAUCAUGAGCGGAGUUACCAUAGAAGAAGGGUGCAGCAUCCAGGGCAGCGUGAUCUGCAGCAGCGCCGUGAUUGGCCGAGGCUCCGACCUCAAGUACUGCUUAGUGGGGAACGGCCAGCGCAUCGAGCCCGAGGCUGAAAGAACCAAUGAGGUCAUCGUUGGAAGUGACCAGCUGAUGGAGAUCUAGAUGCGCCCAGAAUGCACCUGAGCGACGCGGAAGCUUCCGGAGUGGAGUCUGAGCACCUGCCGGCCACAGUGAGGGCCCUGUAGUCAUGGACACUCAUCCCUGUCAGCCUCUCUAUUUUUUUUUUUUUUAUAUAUAUAAGGUGUCCAAAUAAAAGCAGAUUUA